AUGAUACCCGCAGCGGCACCGGCGCCGCGGGCCCACUCAGCGCCACGGGCCCGGCUGUGGCUGUGGCUCUGCUUGCUGGGCAGCGGGGCCUGCUUGGAUUGUGUCGAUGAGCGGCUCGCGUAUUCGAUCGCAUUCGACAGGAAAGUGAAGGAGGCGAAGUGCACCCCCGUGGUCUACAACCGCACCAAGCCCAUCCUCCUGCAGCACCCUUGCAGCCAGUACCACGCCUGGGCAAAGAAAAAGAUCUCCGUGUACCUGGGCGAGGAUGUUUUUGUCAGCAUGACCAGCUUCGAGACCAGCCUCAUCCCACUCUGCAUCCCAGAAGAGCUCGAGGCCCCAACAGCAGUAGUCAGCGACAUCGCCUUCGUGUACACGGACAGCCUUUUGAUGGUGAUCAACAGCCGGGUCUACACGUACUUCAAGAACACUAACAAGUGGGUCCGGUCAGCAGGAGUCAGCUCACCUGUGUCCGAACUCUCCAACGUCCACUGCUGCUACCAAGGAAAGGAGUCCCACUGCAAGGAGAUCAGCUGGACCGUUUUUGCUUACGACGUAGGCCAUUCAAUCUCUAACAGCCCCAUCUUCCAGUCACAGGAUGGAGGUCACACGUUCACACGUGUGGUCAUCAGCAGAGCAGAGCGAGGCGUGCUGCUUGGUGUCUACAAUUUCAUCUCUCUUGGCCUGACUGGCCUGCUUAUCAACAGAACCGAAGAGGAGAGCGCCGGGAAGGCAGCAGGCGCGUACUUCAGAUACUUUGGUUCCAAGGACCAGCAUGCAUCUAACUAUAGCUCUCCAACCUUCCACGUGAUGAACAAAUUCCCUGAUAAACUUUGGAGUAUCCAUAGUCUUGGCUUGAGGGGUUUCAUCAUUCUCUGGUCAACAGACGUUCUGCUUGUAUCCUCCAACAACGGUUUGAUUAUGGAUGAAGUGUCUGUCUUUCCCACAUCGACAUUUGAAAACUCUACCUUCCCUCGAAGUGGUUACUCCCUUGUGACUAUUAGCGGGUCCGAAAUUGCAGUCUUAACCCAGGACAAGCAAAUCUUCUACGGUAGCAUCAGCCUGGUCACUACCAUGGUGUAUAUUGCCACAGACAAGACAAUAGAUUUAAACACCACAGUGAUGCUGUUUGAAGAAAGAGGGUGGCUGACCUUACUCAGUCCUGUGAUUAGCAAUUUUUCCAAAAUGCAUGACUUCAAGAAAUGCAAAUUUAACUUGCAGUUAGCAAUCUGGAGAUCUCACCAGUCCUGCGAUGUGGAGAUCCUUGAAGGAAACUUCCAGAACAAGAUCUAUUAUAUUGACAUGCAUGAGAAUCUGACUUUGAACGCCACAUUUGUGCGCAAGCCAGGCAAAAAAUCCGUGCCCUUAGUGACGGUGAGCAACCCCCAUGCGCUGGCUUUCAGUGCAACGAUAUUAGAGAUAGGAUUUACAUAUGAUGGAAACACGGAAUACCUUUUGAACAUAGGUCUGCAGCAGCAGUUUUUCUCUGGCUUUGCAGUGCGUGGUUUUUGCGCUGGCUUACUUGAUGGGGAGAUAUCUACUGUCACUGUGGACAUCCCUGACAAAGGCAUUGGUUGCAUUGAUCUGGCUCCUUUGACUGCACUUAUUGAAGUAUCCUGCCCACCUACAAAGCACAUAAGAAUCUUUAAAAAUAUAACGGCAUGUGACAAAGAGCUUUUUCAGGAAGCAGUACUGAAGAAGAAUUUCAGUUACACGAUUAGCCAUGACGUAUAUGACCCACAGUUUCUUGCCAGGCCGAAUAUUCAGCAAGACGAUCUACAGAUAAAUUAUGAUUUUAAGAAUCUGGGAUGCCCUCUUCUGGUAUAUUACAAAAACCCUUGGGUGCCAAUUCUUGAGUUAUGGCAAGAUGGUAAAUUUCAGAAGCAAGUCUCUGCUGAAUUUGUUAUGUUUGAAAUAAAUGGAAUGUUUAACUAUGAUUAUCUUUUGACUGCUAACGAUGCCAACUGUUUCUCCCAACCUCAAAACUGGACUACUUUGCUAGAAAGGCAGGCCUCUCCGGACCCAAAUACUGCAUGGACCAGAAGAAACUAUGUAAGUUGUAAGAACAUGGAUGGACCUGAAUUAAAGUGGCCCUCAGUCAAGUAUCAGGUUCUUGGUGGAGGUAAAAAUAAGAUCAUAUUCCCUCCAUAUAACGGGCUGUAUAUUUUUAAAGCCAUUGUAGUGGAUACAUUUUACAGCUACUGUGACUUGACUGUAACCUUUCCCAUUUAUGUCUAUGGUGCCUUUCCCAGGAGCUACCUAAAAUUUCAGGCCACAUUGAUAGGCUUUGCUGCUAGAGCCUAG